AUGGCGGCCAAGUCGGAUGGCGGCGGCGGCGGCGUGGGCUUCGCCCAGCUGCACAACCUGGACGAGGCGGCGGCGGCGGCGGCGGCGGCGGGCGUCUGCGGCGGCAGCGGCGGCGUCGGGGCAGCGGCGGCCGAGGGCGCGGAGGAGCCGGGCGGCAGCAGCUCCUUGCACAUCUGCCACUGCUGCAACACGUCGUCUUGCUACUGGGGCUGCCGGAGCGCCUGCCUGCGGAACCUCUUCGGGCGGGCGGCCGCCGCCGCCGCCGCCGAGCCGCUAGCCCCGCGCCCCGCCGCCGAGGGGCCGCCACGGGCGCCGGAGGGCGGUGAGGCGGGAGAACGACCGUGGCUGGACUGCCUGUGGAUCGUGCUGGCGCUGCUGGUGCUGCUGGGGGACGUGGGCACGGACCUGUGGCUGGCGCUGCACCACUACGGCCGGCGGGACUACGUCUGGUGCGGCCUGACGCUGGCCUUCGUGCUGCUGCCCUCGGUGCUGGUGCAGAUCCUCAGCUUUCGCUGGUUCGUGCAGGACUACACGGGCGGCGGACUGGGAGCCGUGCAGGGCCUCAGCAGCCGCGGGCCGCCGAUGAUGGGGGCCGCCGUCCGGCGGGGGGGACCCGCCGGCGGGGUAGGAGGAGCCGGCGGCACCGCCACCCCCGGGGCGCAGCGCCUCUGCAGGAUCUCCGUCUGGGUCUGGCAGUCCGUCAUCCACCUGCUGCAGAUGGGGCAGGUCUGGAGGUAUAUCCGAACUAUGUACCUGGGGAUCCAGAGCCAGAGGCGGAAGGAACACCAGCGGCGCUUCUACUGGGCUAUGAUGUACGAAUAUGCAGACGUGAACAUGUUGCGCCUCCUGGAGACCUUCCUGGAGAGCGCCCCUCAACUGGUGCUACAGCUCUGCAUAAUGAUCCAAAAGAACCGUGCAGAAACAUUACCAUGUGUGUCCUCUGUGGCCUCCCUGAUGUCCCUGGCUUGGGUGCUAGCCUCCUAUCACAAGCUUCUUCGGGACUCUAGGGACGACAAGAAGAGUAUGAGCUACAGAGGGGCCCUCAUCCAUCUCUUCUGGCGCCUCUUCACCAUCUCAUCCCGAGUUAUUUCUUUUGCUCUCUUUGCUUCCAUCUUCCAGCUCUACUUUGGGAUCUUUGUAGUGGUCCAUUGGUGCGCCAUGGCUUUCUGGAUCAUCCAUGGUGGGACAGAUUUCUGCAUGUCUAAGUGGGAGGAGAUCCUCUUCAACAUGGUGGUAGGGAUUGUCUACAUUUUCUGCUGGUUUAAUGUGAAGGAAGGGCGGACUCGAUACCGAAUGUUCGCGUAUUACACGGUAGUGCUGACAGAGAACGCUGCCUUGACGCUCCUCUGGUAUUUUUACAGAGAUCCUGACACCACUGACUCCUAUGCCGUGCCAGCACUGUGUUGUGUCUUUCUUAGCUUUGCUGCUGGGAUUGCUUUGAUGCUGUUAUAUUAUGGUGUGCUGCAUCCCAUGGGGCCAAGAGCUAAGAUCUUAGUCAGCUCCUGUUGCGCCGAGCUGCUCUGGGGCAUUCCUCUGCCCCCCGAUGUUGAGCCCAUGGCGCCUCAAACCCCUGGGUACCGGGGGGCCCAGGCUACGCCCACCAGAGCGGUCACGGAGCAACAGGAGGAACUCACAGCUGACACUUGCUUGCCCGUUUUCCAGGUGAGAGCAAUGGUACCAUCUACUCCAUCUGGGCGACCCUACCCCCCCGAGGGGCCUCUCAUUAAAAUUGACAUCCCGAGAAAAAGAUACCCUGCAUGGGAUGCUCAUUUUGUAGACAGGAGGUUAAGAAGAACUAUCAACAUCCUCCAGUAUGUCACCCCCACAGCUGUAGGUAUUAGGUAUAGAGAUGGACCUCUCUUAUAUGAGUUGCUACAAUACGAAUCUUCACUUUAAAGCUCCUUAAAAGCAAAAGUAAAAAGAGGGGGACCUUAUUUUUGUUUACGGUAAACACAGAUCAUGAAACAAACACAAACCUUCAGAUAAGCUUUCUUUCUGGUUGCUGUAUGUAUAAAAACAAACAAAAACAACAAAAAAAAAAGAAAAAAAAAGAUAUUCUCUAUGUUUUGUAAGUAAAAACAAAAAGAAAAAACUUUUCCUUUUGUUUUUUACACACGAGAAGCAGUAUUUCAAACUUCCACAUCUAGGAUUCACAGGUGGAGAGGGAGGCAUCUCCACAUCCGUUUUAUACCGUACACCAAGUGUAGAACAUUAUAUAUGGGAUUGGUGCUGAUUGAAAAAUAUAUAUAUAUAUAGAUAUAUAUAUUAAAAAAGAAACCAACAAACAAACAAACCUACAACUGCCUUAUGCCCUUAGGUGCUGAGUUUCAUUAAGUACUGUCACCUUUCUCAUGCAAAACUCUUUGAUGAUUAUAUGCCAGGAAAAAAAAAAAAAAAGCAAACAUAAAAAGCAAAGCAACAACAACAACAAAAAAAAAAAAACACACAACCAAACCUCAACCCCAACCAACUGAAAUGCAAACCUUAAAAUUAUUGAAAAGAAAAAAAAAGGAAGGAAAAAAAAUUAGCAACAACAACAACAAAAAAAGAUAACCUCAACCCCAACCAAUUGAAAUGCAAACUUUAAAGUUAAAAAAAAGGAAAAAAAUUAGAAACAACAACAACAAAAAAAGAAAACCUCAACCCUAACCAACUGAAAUGCAAACCUUAAAGUUAAAAAAAAAGGAAAAAAAUUAGCAACAACAACAACAAAAAAAAAGAAAACCUCAACCCCAACCAACUGAAAUGCAAACCUUAAAAUUAUUUAAAAGAAAAAAAAAGGAAGGGAAAAAAAUUAGCAACAACAACAACAAAAAAAGAAAACCUCAACCCCAACCAACUGAAAUACAAACCUUAAAAUAAAAAAAAAAAGAAAA